AUGGAUUUUUGUGGGCCCUUGCCUACAGGGGAGUAUCUAUUGGUCGUUAUAGAUGAAUACUCUCGCUAUCCAAUAGUAGAAAUAACACGUUCUGUGUCAGCGAAUGUGACCAUUUCAGUACUUGACAAAGUAAUUAGUCUCUUCGGAACACCUAAGAUAGUUAAAAGUGACAAUGGAAGUCCGUUCAACUCUGAACAGUUCCGGUGCUAUGCUGGAGCUAUGGGGUUCGAUCACAGAAGAAUUACUCCACGAUGGCCUCGGGCCAACGCCCAGGCUGAAGCUUUUAAUAAGCCACUCAUGAAAGUUGUACGCGCUGCUACACUUGAAAACAGGAACUGGAAACAGGAGAUGUAUAAGUUCCUACGUCAAUAUCGUGCCACACCACAUGUUACUACAGGAAAAAACACCUUACUAUCUGAUCUUCGGACGGGAACCAAAGACAAAACUGCCCAGUACACCAAACUAUGA